AUGGCUGUCCCUUGCAAGACUUUUCACUUCUCAUGGGGUAGUGACCGCAGAUCUUUGAAGAUCUACAGCGGCACACCUGUGGAAGACAUAAUCCAUGCAGUGCGGUGCGAGUACAAUCUGCCCGCCGAGGACUGCCUACACUUUCAGGAUGCCGGUGGUGUUCGCACCGUCUUGUCUCAUGCCUGCCCGGACGGAAUGGGGUUUGUAGUUCGUUCGGGCACCGGCACUGCCUUUCCACGGCCUGCGACAGCGACGGCGCCUCCGAGGCCUGCAGAGCCUCAGACAGCAAAUGCCGACGGCCGGAACCUGCAGCUAACCCCAAACCCAGCACCACGAGGUCAUCCACCGCACGAAGGGCAGCUAGAUGCCGGACAUACCAUUAUCAAGCGCGACUUCUUCUUGUACAAGAACCAUACUUGUGUCGAUGGUGAUUUGGAGCCAGAUGUUCAUGCAUUGAUGUUUAGCUUCAAGAAGUUUUGGAAGGCUGCACUCGAGGAGCAGAUGGCAAUGAAGGGGCAGCUCCUUAAAGAGCUCUGCGGUCAAAUCGGCUUCUGUCAUGGGGAUUGGCUGCUACACGAUUUCGAAAGUGGGGCCGUGUGGCUUGCAGUUCGGGAGUCUGAUGCAUUAGCUCCAUCUUGCAAGGCCUUCGGCUUCAAGUUCGGAGAUGCAGUGCAAGACAAGAAGGGGAAAGAGUACACAGUUCUUGGUGUCGGACCACCGGCCGCAGGUCGCCACUGGCACAGAUCAAACCGGAUUCGUUUGUGUGCCCAUGAAUUCGGCAGCAGUGAAGCACAAACACUCAGAGUCGAUUGCGACGUUGAUUUCGUGAGACGGGGUCCAGAACCAGUAGAGUUUGGGACCCUCGGAGCUUGUAUCGCCUUUCUGCAGCCCAGCACCUCCGAUGUGCAAGCCAUGCUGGGUUGGGACGGGGCAGCUCUCAGUGAUGAAGGCAUACCAACUGCGGGCAUCAACCGGCUUCUAGGGCUGCUAGGCUCGAGUGGAUGGCACGUGUUGGAGAAGCACUUCGGCUCAAUCGACACGAACACGGAAGAUGGCAUGCGGCGAUGUGAGCACAUGGGCAUCAAGAAGGGUGAUCGCAUUAGGGGCUUAGCAGCUGGUUGGCCGUUUGAUCGCUUGGGUGUGGUCACCACUGUCAAUGCGGGUGUCUUUCAAAUCCUUUCAGAGUCAUCGCAGCAGGAUGUGUUCACUUGGCAUGCCAAGUUCGAAGAGAUGCGCAAGGAUCCAGAGGCUGAUCUUGUGAGGCCGGGUGCCUUGGUGAAGCUUCGUCAAGCGGUGCAGCAACCCAGAUAUGGAUGGGGCGGUCUCACCCAUGAACUAGUUCUUGGGGUCGUCCAGAAGGUGGAAAAGUGCAUCGUAUCCGUGAACCUGGGCUUCGGCAGCCGAUGGCAUGGCUCGUUGGAUGAGUUUGAGGCGAUCAAACCUUCGGACAGCUUGCAAGUGGGCUCCCACGUUCGCUUCAAAAGCCCAGGCAAGGUUCCUAGAUAUGGAUGGGGAGGGCACAAGAUGCGUGCAGCGAUCGGUGUGGUCGCUAAGAUUGAGGAUGAGGAUAUAAAGGUGAACUGUCCUGACAUGGACGAGUGGAAGUGCAAAUGUGAUGAGAUUGAAGUGGAUCCAGUUGCAAAUCGGAUCCGACCAGGAGAACCGGUGCAAGUGCGACCACAGGUAUCGGUCCCCAAGUUUGACUGGGGCGGUGUCAAUCAUUCCUCAGUUGGGGUUGUGGAGUCCAUCACCCAUGACGGCAUUGUAGUUGUGGACUUUCCAUGCUGUUGCUGCUGGCAUGGUCUUCUUGGAGAGCUUGAGAUCGCACAGACCAGACAGCGGGUGGCCCUCAUUAUCGGAAACCACACUUAUAUAGAUAAAGAGGCAUAUCCCUUCCUGAAAGGCGCCAAGAACGAUGUCGAGGACAUCAAAAACAAGCUGAUGUCGCUCGAGUUCGACUUCGUGCUGAAAGUGGAGAAUAUUUGCCGACGUGACUUGGAGGUGUUCCUUCGACAACUAAAGGACAACGUUGUGAACGGAAGCAUCGUUGUCAUCUACUUUGCAGGUCAUGGGGAAGAAGACCAUCAGACUGUAUUGCUGGUUGCGCCAGACAGUACGAAAAUCGACACAGACUUCAUCUUCAAUGCCAUCACCGGCUGGUCUUCGAAGGAUUUGUUUGUUUUGUUCAUUCUAGACUGCUGUCGUUUGAAAUCAGAUGACUCUUCUUCCUCUUCCUCAAGCAGAUUCACGAUUCGGGCACCUCCCGAGAAAGAGAUGGCUUGCAACCAACUCUAUUGCGUCUUUUCGUGUCAGAAGUUCAAGUCGGCUUACGAAAAAAGGCAUGGAGACUUUGGCAAGUGUUUCUUGGAACUGGUUGGUGAAGAUCUAUCUGUGCAUGAGCUCUUCGACAGGGUGGCUGACAGACUUCGCAAGCCAAACCGACAGCAACCCGAAAUCCUGUCGCGGUCGCACGAAGGCUCGCGGAUAAGGCUUUCGUCGGACAAAAACAUCUACCGGGCAUCUUCCCUCCAUGCACAGGCAGGCUCGUCAGAUGGCUCUGAUGAGUCAGACGACUGCAUGGACGAAUUGGAGCGAUUGAAGGAGCUAGUCCAAAAUGUCAAAACAGGCGAUGAACGUGCAAGGAGGGACAUGGUUACCAUGGUUGACUACUUGCACGAUGUUCGGGAGAUUCUUAGGCCCAGGUUGACUAGUGCGCUCCUAGGUGCAGCACUUGAAGGGCACGAUCCAGCCCUUUACGAAGAGGACCUUAAACCACGUGAGGUGCGGAGGUUCAGGUUCGUUUUUGACAUCGUCGAUGAUGAAUCUGCGCAUGCUUCAUCGUCUCGGCAGCCUCGAGGUGUCGUCCAACCAUGCGGUGAUUUGCGAAGCAUGCCAGACUGUGUCUCGAGGUUGGCCAACUUAUUGUGGACUCGUUCCUUCGGAAGGCCAGAACACGAGAAGGUCGAGCUCAUCCUAAGGGACAUGGACAUUGACGAUAAGCUGAGCUCAAGAUUUGCUCAAGCGAAGCCGCCGACAGCAUUGCCAAUUAUUGGAUGUUGCCCCACUUCAACGUGGACACGGCUUCAGAAGUAG